AUGGAAAAUGAACAACCGAAGAAUCUCAUUGCUUUAUUAGUUUCAUCAUUGAAUGAAGAAGCCAAUGACGAUCAAGUUUUAUCUGGUCUAACACGUGCAGAGAUCUUCGAUGAAGUUUUGAUGAUGAUUAUAACUGGUUACGAAACGACAUCAACUGCUCUAUCAUGGUUCAUAUUUUUUGCAAGUAAAAAUCCUCAAAUACAACAAAGAAUGAAAGAAGAAUUGCGCGAACAUCAUCUUCUGAUGAUAGAUAAUCUCAAAUAUGUACCACCACUAACAGCAGACAAUUUAACUUCACUAACCUAUUGUGAAUGUGUGACAAAAGAGGUCUUACGUUUGGCUCCUGUCUUUGGAUUGACAUCCCGUAUAGCUACUUAUGAUACUAUCGUUAACGAUGUGAAGAUUCAUCGUGGUCAAACUAUUCUUAUUGCUUUGCAUAACAUAAAUACUGAUGCUCGAUUUUUAGGUGAAGAUAAAAAUCAUCAUCCAUUAGCAAUGAUUCCAUUCGGUGGUGGACAUCGAGCAUGUAUUGGACAAGAAUUAGCUUGGCUCGAAUUGAAAACGAUUAUUGUCCGAAUGAUGCAACGUGAUAUCACAUUCGAAGAUACGCCAGAAAAUGUCGGCGGUUACAAUGAACGCAUUACUUGUUUCCCAAAAAACGUGGUAGUGCGUGUACGCUUCGAUUGA